CACCCAUUUCCUGCUCAGCACUGAAAACCCAUUCCAUUCCUGCUCAAAUCCAUCAUCGCCGUCAAGCUCUUUUCGCUUCGUCCGACUAUCGCAGCACCUAUUGAUCGAAUUAGGAGCUAUCACGAGCGAAUCAGGCAGCCAGUCAAGAUGUCUUCCGAUCUCUGUCCCGUCUAUGCGCCCUUCUUUGGCGCCAUGGGUUGCACAUCUGCCAUCGUCUUCACAUGCUUUGGCGCCGCAUACGGAACCGCGAAGUCUGGCGUCGGCAUCUCCGCUAUGGGUGUCCUUAGACCGGAUCUCAUUGUCAAGAAUAUCGUCCCCGUCAUUAUGGCCGGUAUCAUCGGUAUCUACGGCCUGGUCGUUUCCGUCUUGAUCUCCGACAACCUCUCCCAAAAGGAAGCACUGUUCACCAGCUUCAUUCAACUUGGUGCUGGCUUGUCCGUGGGUCUCGCUGGUCUCGCUGCCGGCUUUGCAAUUGGCAUUGUCGGUGAUGCUGGUGUUCGUGGCACCGCCCAGCAACCCCGUUUGUUUGUUGGCAUGAUCCUCAUCCUGAUUUUCGCCGAAGUGUUGGGUCUCUACGGGUUGAUCGUUGCGCUUCUGAUGAACUCAAAGGCGCAGACCGAUGUAACCUGCUAGAGUGGGAGAGGAGUGUGAGCAAGACCCCGGGGAAGAGAGGAUUGGCGGCUGCAAUGGAGCGCCAUGAGAAGGACGGAAGACAAGAGGGGAUGGAGAUCGAGAUGAAAUGAGACCGUGGAUGGUAUCCAUCAAACGAGACUGACAAUUGCCAAUAUGUCCUGUGUCAGCCAUGAAACCAACGUCAAUUACCACCGAGAACCGACAACCACCACGGCACCCACAUUAGGGGCAGCCAUUUUUGCAAAGACUUGUCCUUGAACCCGAAUGCUUGUUAUGUAUGAAUGCUAGAGCUUUUGAUCACAGAUCAGGCGGCGCAAGUUGAUUGCUCGCUCGCAGGGCUAGGGCUACGGAUCGUAUAGUAUAGUGUAUUAAACCGGAUUAAACCUCAA